AUGCCCAAAGCCGACACAACAAAGAGACAACGGGCGUCACAAGUUUGCGACUUCUGUCAUGCACGAGGCCUGAGAUGUCGAUGCGGUGCUGCUGGAGAAGACGACCAUCAAGCAAUUAGAAGUACUGGUUGCCUCACUUGCAAGGACUAUGGCGUAAGUUGUAAAAUGGAUAGGCCUGUCAAGAAGCGAGGAAGAAGGCCACAGGUCAUGUGUCCAGACGAGAAUGAGGUUGACACGACACGAGAUUUGCAUGCCAUGUCUCUACAAACUACACAUAGGCUUGUUCGGAUCUAUCGCGACACAAUGUACCAAUGCUACUUUCCAUUCUUGAACGAGAAGGAUCUUCUUACAAGAUGGGAGGAUCGCAUUCCUGAUGCCGAAGAGCCAUCAUACAUGCUCUUAAUGGCUCUUUGUGCGGUCAGCUCCCAUACAGCUGCACUAGAGGCAGUCUUCGACAAGACCUUACUCGAAGAUUUCGCAAUACCAGACAGCAAACGAUACUUUGUGGAAGCCGUUUCGAAGAUCCCGGCACGGUUUUCUAUGCCUCAAGAUUUCGACUACCUACGGUCGUUUGGUCUUUUGACGGUCUACUCGUUGCAAUGCGGCAACAAUAGUGAUCUGCAUCGCUAUCUUGGAAUGUAUCACGCUCUUGUCGCUGAGUAUGGGUUUCAUGAUGAGAGCCGCUGGCCCGAUAACACAUCACUGUCCGAAGUUGACGAUCGCCGAAGGUUGUUUUGGUGCGUUUAUCGGCUUGAGAUUCAUUCCUCGUGCGUGUUCGGGCAUAUGGUACGUCUGCCAGAAGCACAAGUGUCAGUGUAUUAUCCUCGGAUCACGCCUACCAUGGACCCCGAAAUACAAGCUUGGAUCAUAGGCUGGGACUACAUCACCGACCUCUUUCGUCUUCUGGAAUAUGCCAUCAUUGGUCUUCGAGCUUGCAAAAAUCGUAAGGCUUUACUCGCCGUUCUCUGCGAUCGUCCUUCGCCGACUAUGCUGCUAGACAGCUUGGCCCAACUCAAAGCAAACAAGUCUCGGACUCUGACUAGAUUGAAUGACUCUGAUGGCGAGUACUCUAGCAAUCGCUGCAAGUACAUGGCUGUGCAGAUUAAUUGCACCGAGACAAUCACAACGAUUAUGGCUCUACUAUAUUGUCAGGCCCCUGCACGCGAUGUCAUGGCAGUAGCCCAAAAGUUCCUACAGGAACUGAGCUCAGCUCCACUGAUCAUGUUCAAGAUUGCAAGCAGUCAGAUUGUGCAUCAGCUACUCGGAGUAGGUCAUAUGUUCUCUAACGCAUCACGCUAUGACAGUGAUCGAUACCGGACGGAAGCAAAGAGACUCAUCGCAUUCCUCGGGGACCUAGUGAAAAGUCUGGAGAGUGUUGUGCCUGCAGCGGGUUCUGCUGGUGACAAACUACUCAGGCUUGCAGAAGCCAACACUUGA